UCAAUUGAAGAAAACGAAAUCCCAAUGGCAACAAUGCAUUGCCUCAAGAAAUGAAACGAAUCCAAAUAGUUUUUUUGUAAAAUCAUAUCUGCUAAAUCACAACACCGUUUCCCGUUUUCAUUUCUAGUUUCGAUUUCGAUUCCAACUCAGAGAAUAAAAAACGAAGAAUAAUGGCCUCGAAUCCAGCCCUCGAACCCGAGAUCGGACCCGAUGGACUCCCUAGGGAAUCUCCUGUCAUCGCCUACACUGAGAAGAUAAUUGAGGAAGAGCGUGUUCAACUCAAGAAAUACAUAGAAGAAAAUUAUUCUAAAAUCCGUGAUGUUGAAAGAGAACUAGCAAAUCUUACAAUGGAGAUGAAACUCACUGCUGGGCCUAAAAAAGCAGCCCUUGAACAUAUGAGAAAGAAAAUCGAAAUGUCAACUGAGAGAAUACGUAUUGCUAAGCAGAAGGAAGAACAAGCUAGAAUGACUUGGGAAGCAGCAGUAAAGGCUUUGAAUGAUGAGGAAGCAAUGAAGCAGAAGUUAUGUGAGGACUUAAAAAAUCUGGUUCAAGAAAGCAGUAACUCCCAGUUUGCUCGACUUGAGGAAUUGAAAAGGCGACUUGAAGCUCUGAACCCAAGUAGGGCAUCCACUUUGUCUUCUCAUGACAUGAAAGCAGUUGGAGUAACACAGGGUGGUGCGAAUAUAGAUUCUUCCUCGGUGCCUCAAACGACAAAUCCAGGCUCUACUGUUUCUGAGAAUGCAACUAAUCUAGGUAAUGGUGGAAAUGUUCCAGCCGCUAACGUGCAGAAUCAACUGCCCCCGAGUGACGGAGAACUAAAAGGAAAGAAGAAAAGUCAUUAUCUUGGAAGAGGAAAAGGGAUUGGGGCCAUUCCCAAGGGUCGAGGAUCGGCAGCACCAGGGUGGACAGGAUCAGGGUUUGACGUGGAUGGUAGAACCUAGAAGCCAUUUCAGGAUCAGGGUUAGGACAAACUAUCAUGUUGGGGGUAUCACCAGUCUUUCUUCCCCAUCUCUACCAACAUUUUUAUCCUUUCAAUUGCAUAUAACUUGUUGAUAUGAGUAAUGCCAUUCAGCUUUUCUUUCAUAUUUUGUUUCCAGAACUGAUAAAUGUAUCC